AUUACGAUUGCCAUUGUGGCGAUAGUUUCGAUAGUUUUUGUGCAUCACUAAUGUCAUGGCGGACACAAAGCAAAAAAGCGGUGGGAGAAAAAAAUAUGUGCGCAAAGAAUGAAAAAAUCUAAUGUAAAAAAUUAAUUUUUGCUGCAGCUAAUGAAAUGCAAUUUAAAAAUGAAUACUAUAACAAUAAUAGUGAGACAAUAAUGUAUAUUUUAGUGUAACAUUUAUAAUGAGUACGGAAUGGUAAAGAAUGAAAAUAUGACUCGAAAAUAUGAUUUCAACUCCGUGCAGGCACCACCAACAAAAUUAGUGUUUGUAGUGUCAGUGGAAAAUUGGCAAUUGCGUACGUUUAUGUAAAUGCAGAGCACAACGGGGGGAUAAAAACAAAUUGCAAAUUGCCACAAUAUAUAGCGGCUUUUUAAAUUAACUAGUAACAAUCGAGCGCGUUCUCUCGUCUCGCUACGAGUGUGAGAUAAAGAAAUAUUGGGGAAAAAGAGGCGCGAAAAAUUCGCAACAAAAUGGUUGUCUCAAAAGACAACAAGCGUCGCCGUAAGGAGACGGAGACACCGCCAACGUCAUCGUCGGCAGCAGCGGCAACAACUGUCGCUGUGGAGUCAUCACCCGAGAUGCCUAAAAGAACGAAGGUGCAGGCACAGCGUAAAUUCGCACAAGGCCAAAAUGCGCCCAGUUCAGCAGGAGCUUACAGCGCUGCCAGCGUAGCAGCAGCGGCUGCAGCGGCAGCAGCAUCUGGUCCUAGCACCUCAGCAGACAGUCUUCAACCACCGAUUGAAAUACUUCCCAACAAGUGUCCCAAGCCGCAGGAUUUCUUAACAUUUCUGUGCUUUCGCGGCACAUCCGCGUUGCCCGCGCACUUGGAUUAUCUGAAUCAGGGCAAGUCCAAAGCAAACGAUGUCCCGCCCAGCAGCAGCAACGACAACAUCAACAAGAAGAAAAACAAUAGCAACAAUAACAAAAAGAAACGUGGAAGACCCGCCAAAACAACACCAAGGAAAAAAACAGGAGAGGAACAGCAACAACAGGAGAAACCUCAACAACAGCAGCAGGAACAGCAACAACCACAGUUGCCAGCUGAUCAAGCUGAUAAAACAGCAAGUGAUAAAAUUGAAGCAACAACGUCACCUCCUCCACAUCCCCUAGCAGGGGCAGUGCGUAAGCGAGCCGAGGUCAUUACAGAGGGAAACAGACGAGGAGCACGACGCAAUGAUACAUUGAAACGACGCUCCAAUCGGGCCAACAACAAAGAAAAGGAUGAUGAGCAGGAGAAACAACAACAUCAGCAGCAGAAUAAUGCAGAUGAUGCUGAGGAGGAGGACGAAGAGGAUGAAUUCUUUUCAGCUCAUGAUGCGAGCUCACGCAAUGGCGGCGCCGAUGAGACACUCUCCAAGUCGGAGAUGACAAACUCGAAUGUCAAGCGUGGUCGCAGUCAGGCAACAAUAACCAGGAAAGCAGCUGCAGCAUCACCAGCUGCUACGGAGAGCAGUGUCACCAAGGAGAAGGAAAAAGCGCCCGUGAAACGUGUGCGACAACGUGAAUCACCCAUAUUUAUACCGUCACCAGAAUCAUCUGGACGCAUGACACGACAACGUGCUUUCUUUGAGCCCGUCAAGGUGAUGCCAAAGCAGCCAGAGCCAGAGGAGCAAGAUAAGCCGGUAAAAGAGGAGAAGCAGCUGCAGGAGGGGAAGGAGCCGAAAGAGGAGAAACAAGCGCCCAAGAAAGCAACAACUGACUCAGGAACCGCUGGAAAUAAGCAACAACAGCUUAACAAGGAGAAGACAAACUCCAGCAUUUAUGCCAAAGAUGCUGCCAAGCAGCAGCAACAGCAAUUGGAAAAUGGAGGCACUGCGUCCGCUGUUGCCGCUGAACAACAAAAGGGUCUCAAUGUCUUCGACUUCAGCUCGGAUGAUGAACAGCCAUUGGCCAAGUCCAUAAAGCUGAAAAAGGGUGCCAAAAAAGGCGCAACAACAACAACAGCAGCAGCCGCAACAGUUUCGGCGCGUGGACGCAAAUCCGCUGGAGGCGCAGCCAAGAAACAACAGCGGGAAGAGGAGAAGGUGGAGACAACACCAAGCAAAACAGAAGAACAGCCAAAACCAAAGCGUGGCAAAGCGCUUAAGAAGAAAGCAGAAGAGGAGAGUGUGGACAAAGAGCAGCAGGAUGAGAAGAAACAGCAAGAAGAGGAGGAGGAGCUGUCACCACCCCAGUCUAAGAAGCAGAGCAAUAGCAAUCACAAUGCACGUCCAGUGCGUCGUCAGGCGCAAGCGAAAGCCACCAAAGCUGAAGCUGAACGUUCAAUGAGUCCAAGUCCACAACGAAGUCAGCGACCGUCGCGUAAAACGAAGGAAGCAGCUGCCAUAUACAUGGGCAUCAUUGGCCACAAACUGCAGCUGGCGGAUGACGAGGAGGAUGACCUAUCCCUUAGUAGCUUUCCAGACAUACCCAAUGUCAAGGAAAUGGAGAAAAUGGAAAAGGAGAUCAAGAAAAAUGCGGCUGGCAAAACGAGCGAAGUGGCGACGAGGAAAAAGUCACCCAAACCAACAGCAACAACAACAGCAGCAGCAACAGAAACUGCAGUAACAGCAGCAGCAACAGCAACUGUUGCUGCCGUGGAGCAAGUGCAGCCGGAGACAGCAGCGGCAGCAGCAACAGCUCCUCCUAGACGUGGCAGACCCCCAAAGCAGUCAAAAGCAGGAGCAAGCACAGCACCAACAACAUCAGCAGGAGCAGCAACAACAGCAACAGCUACAGGCAAGCCCCAAAUUGAGGGAAUGCUGGUAAAAAAAGGCGCAUUGGCGCUAGCAAAAGCAAAGUCCGAACAGCAACAACAACAGCAAAAGCAACAAAAAGUCGAUUCCGAUGCGGAGGAAGAUUUUUUAAUCAACGAGGAGCUAAACGAAACGAAACGUAAGCUGGAAAAGAGUUUUAGCGACUCGGAUGAUGAACCGUUGGCUAUAAAAGUGCCAACAGCUGCAUCAAGCAGCAAAAUGGAAACUGCAACUGCAACAUCGACUGUUGCAGCAACAAAUGCAAUAACAACUGCUGCAGCUACAGCAACAACAGUUGCAAACUCAGCAGCAGCAGCAAUAACUGUUACAGCAACCACAUUAAACUGCACACCGCCUAAGCAACAACCACAGCAACAGCAACAACAAUCGCUACAACAACCGCUGCAACUACCACAACAACAGCAGCAACAGCAGUCGUUAUCAUCACAGCUGUGCAUGUCAGUCAAUGCCACGCCCACAAUGCAAUUAACAAUGUUGCCGCUGACAGCAAAGCCAACACAAUUUUCCAUAUCUCCGCCAAGUUAUGCGCCCCUAAAGACCAUGGAAAAGAAAUCGCCAGUACCCACAUCAAAGAUACUUAAUGUGCCAGCAACAUAUGCGUUGCCGGGAGCUGGUGCGGGGUUAGGCGCUGUUGGUUUCGCCAAGACGACAUCGUAUUUGCCACAAGCAUCUCCGCAUUAUCAUACGCCAUAUGUGCGACCUGCGACAUUUGUUGCGGCUGCUGCUGGCAACAAGACGCCGCAACAGACAACAGCAGCAACAACAUCAGUGACAUCACCAUUGAAAUAUCAAACGCCGCCCACAACGUAUCCGCCUCCGAUUGAAGCGUAUCAAUGUCCCAAAAUUAACCCAAAUUUUUUAACACCCAAAUAUGAGCGGAGCAGCGUGUUGCCGCGCGCCAACAACAGUAGCAGCAGCAACAACAACACCAGCAAUAUUAAUAGUUUUACGGCACCAACAGUGGCACGUGCCACAUUAAGUAGCUUAAGUAGUCCAGUUGGUGUGGCAGCAACUGUAAAAAGUGUUCUGCCACCUCCUGUUGUCAGUCAAGGUCAAAGUUUGAAUCUAAGUCUACCAGCUGUGGCAUCCACAUCAGCAGCAGCAGCUGCAUGUGCAACAACAGCAGCAACAUCAACAACAGCAUCAACAUCAGCAUCAGCAGCAGCAACAACAGCAGCCGCAGCAGCAACAAUUGCCGCAACUGCAACUGAUCCACUUAAAGAUGAAAUUGGCAGCAUUCUGGCCCAGGCAACACUCAUGCCCAGCAAAGAGGAAUCCGGCAAAAUCUUUGGCAUUGCCAGCGUGAGUUUGGCGCAAAGUUCCGGUCCGGAUAACACGAAAUGCACGCUGGGUAAAUGUGGUUCCAUACAUAAGCCUGUGCUGGGUCCCGUGGUGCCCACCGAGGGUUACUUUGGCGAUCAGUUGACCAGCAAGGAGCGACGCAAGGCCAAGGUGAACAUGACUCAUGAGCAGAUACAAAAAUGGCUCAUCGAAUGCAGCUCGAAUCCCGACGAGAUUCAGGAUGAUCUCGAUGAUGAGUUCGAUGAGAGCAUGCGACCACAACAGGCUCAAACGCCGCCAGGACCAACAACCCGUGAUGACAAGGAAAGCACAAGUUUCAGCAGCUCAUCGAAUAAGACACGUGGCGAGCUCGGCAAAAGCGAAAGCGCCUGGUCAGCCAAGGGACCAUCGCUGAAGGCAACUCCCGUGAUGGUCAGCACAGCGGCAGCAGCAGCAGCAACAGCUGCCGAGUCGGAUGCGUUGGACUUUGACAAGUGUGUGACAGCUGUGAAUCUGACACAGAAAACACAGCUCGACAGCGAUAAGAAAUUGCCAGAUAAAAAGGUAAAGAACACCGCCAGCAACAGUGUCAAGGCAGCUGUUGCAGCCGCCACAACAACAGCAGCAGCAGCAACAACAGCAGGCAGCAAACGUAGCGCUGCAGCCACGCCCACAGCGAGUCCAACGCCGCCUAGUAAACAGAAGGCAACCAACAAAAAGAAUACAUCGGCAACUGCAACAACUGCAACACCUCCCAAGCGUACGCCUGUCUAUCAGAAUCAGAGCAACAAAACCAAGGCACAGUUGCAGCUGGAAAACAAGCAACAACAACAACAGCAGCAGCAGCAGCUACAACAGCAACAACAACAGCUGCAAACAGCAAAGACGACAACUUCGAUUUAUGCCUUUGGCAAAGAUGAAGAAACAACGACAACAGCAGCAGCAGCAGCUACAACAGCAACAGCAACUGUUGCUGCCAGCAAAGCAACAAAUCGACGUCGCAAUGCUGCUGAGUUGGAAGCAACAACAACUACAACAACGCCGCCGCCUGCGCUUAGCGAACGUUCGCCGACCAAGAAACGAGCAGCAGCAGCUGCAGCUGCCACAGCAGUGCAAUUGACAUUGAGUCCAACGGAUAAACUAGAGAAGCCCAAAGCAACAGCAGCAGCAGCGCGUAAUGCCAAAAAACAACAGCAACAAGAAAAGCAACAACAGCAACAUGAGAAGCAGCAAGAAAAGCAACAACAGCUGGCGACAACAGCAACUCCUGGCGCUGAUUCGGAUGCAGAGGGUGCCACCUUUUAUAUACCACUGUUGCAAGGCGCCAGUGGAGGUGCUGGUGGCAUACAAGGCGUGGCCGUUAAGCUGGGGCGCGAGGGACCUGAUGGACCCAAUCAAAAAGUUGUGAUGCAGGCAACUCUCGUGACCAAGGCACAAAUGGACACCAAUUCAAAGCCAUUGCCGGAUAAUGAGCUGGUCAAAACAUUGCUGAAUGCGGCAACAACCGGCAAUGAUGUUGCAGCGGCAACAACAACAGCAGCAGCAACAGUUGCCGCCAGCAGCAACAGCUUAAAAGCCAGCACCUCAGCAGCUGCUGCUGCUGCAACGACAACAGCAACGACGACAGCUACAAGUCUCGUGCGUGUCAAUUCCAAUUCAUCGUUAUUCUCCGGCUCGGCCAAGUCACGAACAGCAGCAGCAACUGUUGCUGCUGCAGCGACGGCAGCAACGUCCGCCUUGGCCAAAAAGUACAAAGAUGACACGCCCAUCAAGAUGGCGAAUAACACGGCAUUCCCGCGACACGAUGAUCCUACACAAAUGGUCGAGGCACCGAUCUUUAAGCCCACCGAGAAGGAAUUUGCCGAUCCCAUCGAGUUUAUCGAACGCAUCACACCAAUUGCAGCUAGAUUUGGCAUCUGUAAGAUUAUACCGCCGGCUAGCUUCAAGCCCGAGUGUCGCAUCUCGGAUGAGAUGAGAUUCACGGCCUACAAUCAGUAUGUCCAUAAGAUGUUGCAUCGUUGGGGUCCCAGUGCCAAGGAGUUGAGUGCGAUUAAAAAGUAUUUGGCCACCCAAAGCAUUGUGAUGAAUCAUGCACCGUGGAUUGGCGGCAUGGAGGUGGAUCUGCCGCGUCUGUAUCACACGGUCCAGGAGCUCGGUGGCCUCAAAGAGGUCAUCGAGAAAAAGAAAUGGGCACGUGUCGCCGAGGAAAUGUGUAUACCAAAGUUGGCACAAGAUCGUGUCACCAAAUUGGAUGACAUCUACUGCAAGUAUUUGUUGCCCUAUGACACACUCUCUCCGGCGGAGAGACAGAAGCUCUUCGAUGAGGUCGAAGCGGAUUGGGCCAAACGUGAAGCACGUGCUCGUCGCAAUGCAGAUCGUUUUGUCAAUAGCACGGAGAGCGUCUCCAAUGAGGAAGAUGAUGUCUCUACGGAUGAGGAUGAGGAGUCCGAGGAGGAGAUCGAUGGUGUCUCCAUGGAGUGCAUUGUCAAGGGUCGCAGCAUGCCCCUCAGUCAAUUCUAUCGUAUUGCCCGCAACACGAUGGCCUUGUGGUUCAAGAGCACCGAUCCCACGGUCAAUGAAGUCGAGGCGGAAUUCUGGCGUCAUGUUGCCGUACGCGACAGUCAUGUGUGCGUCCAUUCCGGCUCCAUUGAUAGCUCCGGUUGGGGCUAUGGCUUCCCCAGUCCGGGUCCUAAGGGCAAGGGAUCCAAUUAUGCGCGACAUCCGUGGAAUCUGAAGGUGCUCACCAAUAAUUCAGGAUCUGUUCUGCGCUCCCUGGGACCUGUCAUGGGCGUCACGGUGCCUACGCUCCACGUGGGCAUGCUCUUCUCCGCCUGCUGUUGGUAUCGAGAUCCGCACGGUUUGUCAUGGAUUGAGUAUCUGCACACUGGCGCCUCAAAGCUAUGGUACGGCAUUCCUGAUGAUCAGAGUGCCAAUUUUCGUUCGGCGCUUACGUCGCUGAUACCAACGCAUUGUCAGAACAAGACGAUUUGGUUGCCCUGUGAUACGGUGAUGGUGCCACCACAUAUGCUUACCGAUCGCGGCGUCUCCCUGUGCCGCAUCGAGCAGAAGCCUGGCGAGUUCAUUGUCGUCUUUCCCCGUGCCUACACCUCCAGCUUAGCCACCGGAUAUGUCGUCUCGGAGAGUGUCUAUUUUGCCACCAUGUCGUGGCUGGAUUUAGCCAAGGAUGACUUUAGGGACAUUCAUGAGAGCUGUGAACCGGCCAUGUUCUCGUUGGAGCAGCUGCUCUUUGCACUGGGCUACGAUCAGCGCGUCAACUCGGACACAUUGCAGCAAAUGCUGCCCAUGCUGAACGAGGUCUGCGAGAAGGAAUCCGCAGCAAGAGAACAACUUAGGGCUGCUGGUGUGACAUCCACCGAGAAGGUGCAGGCGGAGAAGGGACAAAAGGCGAAGAAGCAACAGCAGCCACCGCACAAAUCCAUCGAGAGUGAAUGCGAUCUGUGUCGUGCAAAUCUGUACAUAUCCAUGGUUCGCACCGAAGAUGGCAAUGUUUAUUGUCUGCAGCAUGCGCUUAAAAAUCUCAACAAUGGCAACAUUCAAGCCAAACAAUGUAAACUGAUUUACGCUUACAACGUGGACGACAUUCAGCAACUGAUACGUCAGCUGCAGGAGAAGAUUCAACACAAGGCGGCGGUUAAGAAAAAGUAGCAUCGACGGCGUCGCUAUUAAACGCAGCGCAAUAAAGAUUCAACAAUUAUUAUUAUUAUUGUAUCGACGACAGCGUUUGAAAGUGAACAAACAAAAAUCUUUGUACAUAAAUACGCUACAUAUAUGCAUUAAUGUAUUUAUAAAUGUAAUAUUCAUAUAUGUAGAUGGCAGUGGCAAUGACAAUGCUUGCAAUUUGACUAGUUUAUACAUAAAUACGUAUAUAUAUAUAAUAUAAUAUAAAUAUAUAUAGUAGUUUAUAUAUAUAGGGAGGGAAACUAAUAUGUUUAAGUAACACGUUUGCAAUGAAUUUUUGUUUUCCAUUAUCUUUUGUUAUUACUGAUUAUAUCCCAUGUGUUAUUGAUUGUAAAUAAGUAUAUAUAUAUAUGAAGCUUAGUAAUUAGUUAGACCUUUGAUUAAGUCUCCCUCAGUUGAUACAAAGAUUUACACACUGCUAACAAGUGGCAAUUUCUACUACCUUUUAUACAAUAUACGAUUAACAAUUAACAAUUACACUUACACUUACCAUAGGCAUAUAGAGACACCUAAAGUCAAUAGGAAUCGUAGUCUUAGACACAGAGCAUUAACAAUAGCAGCAACUGGCCAAGAAGCCAAGUGACAACUGAUUCAAAAUAAAAACAAAGCUAAUUCCUAUUCGCCUGGCAAAUCUUGAAUGAUGAUAUAGUAAAUGUUCCAGUUCCAUGUAUGUAAUUUUAGAUAUAUCUACCAUCCAACCAGUGCUAUAUAUAAACCGCAUAAAACUCACACAAAACAAUAAAUGAAAUGAAAAUAA